AACAAUGCAGGCUUGAUGUGCGCACGCCGCCGGGAAAGCGCGGAGGGAAAACGCGCGAACUCUGGCAGUCUCGGCCUGCGAGCGCGACCGGCCGCGCGCCGAAGCACGCCCUGCGACGCCUGCGCCCUGGCGCACGCCGGCACGCGCCGCGGCCGCCGCGGCGUCACUUUUUCCGAAUCGACCGCGGACGGCGAUUGUGCCACCGUGACUGAUUUUCAGUGUCAAAAGGUGCGCGUUCGCGAGUUCUACAUCGCGAUGCAGCGUUGCCCUUACAUCCACGAGAUGAAGGAGCGUCUGCUGGGCGCGCCAGUAGAAGGGGCGGAGUCCCGAGAACUCCGCGAGGUGCCCAGGGCGUUGGAGCCCCCGCCAGACCAGGUCGGCACCAUCGUCAAACUGAAUUCCGACGGGUAUGGAUCACACACGUCGCCGGCGCGUGCGCCCCUCGUAGCUGAGGAGUGCGAGGCGCCGGCAGACGAGACCGACGCCCUGACUCCUUCUGAGGCAGUGCUUCGGUAUCGGGCUUGUUGUCAGCCUGAGACUACUCCCAAGAAUGCCAAAACAUCGCUGUUCAUCAUAUCAAGUUUCAUCUACGCGAAGCUUUUAGUAGUGGUAUGCAUUGCUUACGUCAUCAGCGACGUCAUCACCCACAACUUACCCCUCUACUACUAUGAGGGCUUCUUCACGUACCUAUAUGGCAUGAGCAUAUUGUUUUUGUUAUACGUCUUCUGCUUCCUACUCCAAGAGAGCGCUUGCUGCAGUGGCAGCCCUCCAAAACCAAAACCACCGCCAAAAGAGAAGAAGCCGAAAAAAGAAAAAGAAAAGAAAACCAAAGAUAAGGAAGCAAAAGAUGGAAAAGACGGCAAAGAACCGAAAGAUGCUAAGAAAGAUGGCAAAAAGGAUGGAAAAUCUAAAGACAAAGACAAGGAAAAGGAUGCUGCUAAAGAAAAAGCAACCAAAGAUUCCAAGAAACAAAGCCAGUUUCAGGAGGUGUAUCCCCGUAAGAUGCGUGAUAAAGUUCGUCAACAACAAUUGCAAAUUCAAAUGGCUCAAUUGUAUGCGCCUGAACAGCAACAAGACAUCGUGGAAUUGGAGUCAGGACCAGUGGCGAGACCGGUGCGUCGACGCAAAACAUCCCAAAACGACCAUAGCCAUGGCAGCUUUUUCCUUCGAAUUGGUGCUAUUGCAUUUGGUCUCGGUACAAUGAUCUACAAUGGUCUUGAGUUUGGAACAUUCUUUGAAUUGCCGCUGGAGUCACCCUGCUAUCUCAUUUUGAAAGGUGUCAACCCUGUUCUACAAAUGGUUUUUACUUUUAUGCAAAUGUAUUUCAUCUUCAUGAACUCACGGCUAAAUAUCCAUAGAUUUAAAGUGAUUGCUCGUUUUGGUCUGAUGCACGUGGUAGCGACCAAUAUUUGCGUUUGGAUUCGAACGUUGGUACUAGAGUCUCUGAAAGAAAUUACAGACUACCACGUGAAGAAUCCACAUGGAAUCCCUGGUGAAGGAGUCCUUGGAAAAGUCAUCCGAAAACAUACCUUGAGACAUUCUGGUAAAGUGUUUGGCGCUGCAUCCACCGCCGCUACCACUAUAGCAACAGGUGCUAUAACUACAGCAAAAUCAGCUGGUGAACAAAUGUUAAACAUUGUCACGACCACUGUUGCUGCCCCUACUACCGUCACUACAUCCACUACAACAACUAACAAUUCCUUGGAGAUUUUUGAAUCAUUCGAUGCGCUGAAUCCAGCUCCAUUGAUUGCUAAUAUUGAUAACACAACCGUCUGUGGAAGGAACCCAAUAAUGGGCACUAUCGUAUCUGAUUCGGCACCUUAUCUUUACCCGUUCAUCAUUGAGUAUUCGCUUAUUGGAGCCGCCGUCAUCUACGUCAUGUGGAAGCAUAUUGGUCGCUAUCCCAGUGUGGCCAACGAUGAAGAUCUGGAAAGACGUCUGGAGGCUGUUCUAUCCCGCAGGGCAGCGGCACUCGCAGCGGCUCAACGUGGCAACCGAGUGGAUUGCGCUGGAGCCUCGAAGGGACUCUUCUGCGGCCUCCUCCUGCUGGUCGCCUCACUGAUCUGCUUGAUCCUUUUCUUCGUUUUGAUAAGACACCAGGAGUUGAAGCGCCUUUCCAUUUAUUUGGCUGACGUGUCUCAUUGCGCUCUGAUGGUGCUCUCUAUAUUGGCAAUUUUGAUCGGAUUUAUACGUGGUCGUGUAAUGAAAUGGAGUUCGAGCCCUCCCUCCUGUACCGAGCCUCUCCGCAGGGUCCAAUCUCUGAAGUUCCGCUCCGAAGAACAGUCAGAUCUGAACGACAUCUUGCUGCGUGUGUCCGCAUUUGGACUCUUCGUCUAUGCAGUGUUCAGCGUCAUUGCUGGUGGAAUGGGUGCCUUCACCCACGAGCCGAACUUGCUGGUCAUGAUUACUGGAUGCCUUAGCGUUCUUCAGGUGGUGCUGCAACUGCUGUUCAUCGCCGACGUGUCCCGCCGCCGCGUCCACCUCCCAGAACAAGAGAGAAGUAAGCCCGCUCGCCAGGCCGUCACCUUCCUCCUCAUCUGCAAUGUCACCAUGUGGCUCAUCUACACUUUCGAGGCCCAGAAAGUUCUUGCUAACCCGGUGCAACUUGACUUCUACGGAUUCGUCGCCUGGUCCCUUGUCCAGCGUUUCACUCUGCCCCUUUGCAUUUUCCAUCGUUUCCACUCGGCUGUGACUCUUGCUGAAAUAUGGAAGACUAGCUACAAAGCGCGUCUGGAGUGAGCACCUUCGGGACACAGGGAAAGCCGUCAAAUUUCAGUAUGCCCGAUUUCGGGAGAAACUACCAAUUUCGUCCUUGUCCGGGACAGCAAUUUUUGUAGUUAGAAAUAAUUGAAUUUGUUGCUUGUUCCACAAUCAUCAGCUACCUACUUAUAAAACGUUAAAUAGAUAUAACUAGGAUCGUGUGACGAAUUUAGAUGGUAACAUUCUGAUUUGUAUAGCUAAGAUAGAUCUGUCCGAGAAAGCGUACCUAGUCAAAACAUAACACACAAUUGUACCCUAGAAAUACUACAUUACUACAUUGAUUUAUUUAUUUUGUUUUUCAUUUUUAUCUUUACGUCAUGUUUUCCUUUCACAUUCCAUUUUAAUUUUACAGUUUCACCAAUCAAAUCUAUGUUUCUUGGAAGACUGACUGUGGAGACUAACGCGACCAAAACAUACAUAAUAUUUUCAACAUAUUUUUUGUAAUGCAUACGUAAAAUUGCUCAUUAUUCAGAUUUCUACUUGAUUAAAUAUUUUGAUGAAUGAAUUUUAAAACCAUGUAAUCGAAUCUCGAUAAUAGAUGUUAAUCCCCAGUUGUGAAGCGUUCCCUCCUUUGUUAGAGGUAAUUUGUGUGCCAUGGUUUUAGGGUUAAGACUUAAUUAAAAAUUUGACAAUAUUUUUACAUUUCAACUUUGUUUCAAGUGGGGGCAAAUAUCAAUUUUGACAAAAUUAAAGUCCACAGAACGCAAGUUAUACUUAGAUACUUAUUAAAAAUUCAAUUUCACGACACACUUAUUUCAAAGUGUUAAAUCUUAUUUUUUAAGUAAAUAUAUUGAUUGCUAUAUUUAAAGUUUCAGAAGAUUUAUUAGCCAACAUAAAUUUAAUAUAAGCAAGUAGAGAUAUUUAAAAGUUUAAAAUACGAUGUUCGUUAAGAUGGUAAGUAGAUGGGUCGUGGAGGUAAUACAUUAAUUCUAUGUACUUAACUAUAGACGAAUACGAGAUUAGAUAUACUGCUUGUGCUGCAGAGUAGCUUGGAUUGGGAGAAUUCUUUGGACGUUUCAGUUUGCAAGGGGCCAUUAUUUAUCGAAACUUUAAACACUCCUCACUUAUAUGCACAUUUUUGUACUCGUACGUAGCAUUGACUUUAGAGUACUCGAGGUACAUAGGGUUCAAGUUAGGGUUGACACACCUUAGAGAUAUCAUGUGGAAUGUUUGAACUUAUCGUAAUCUCAACAAAGAUUUUUGACGAGUAAGGCAUUUGCGGUAAAAUAAAUAUUUAUAACAAAUAAGUUAAGGAACCUUUUAUUGUGUUAAGAACUUCUCUGCAAAAUAUUUUCUUAAUGGUCUUAUGUGCAAUCUAUUUUUAUAGGCUGACUUAUUUACAUGUAGGAGUCACUAACGUCGCGUUUAGCACGUGAUAUCAUUUCAGUGUUAUAAAUUUUGUAUAAAAUAGCUCAUAUUCUAUUAUUUAUAUUACAAUAUUUAUUAAUUUUGUAAAUUAACAUAAGGUAAUUUGUAAUUUAUUGCUCUAGGGGUCUGGGCGAAAUGUGUGCUUACAACGUGAGUUUCGAGUGAAUGUAGUUAGUUUUUGACUGGUUUAUAUUUGAAAUGGUAAUUUUAUUCAUGCAAAUUUAGUAAGUAUUUGCGACCCAGAAAAUCAGCAACUUGAUAUUGAAGGUGUCUAGUGUCGACACGAAUGAGCAUCGUGAAAUAGAACCGAGGGCGUUUGGCUUGUUUUAUCACUGCCGAUAUUUUUAACAACAUUAAAAUUAUUAGUAAGUCCUUUGAUAAAAACUAUACUAUUUCUAACUUGUUCAAUUUUGUAGGUGAUAUUUACUGUGUACCUUAAAUGUUUGGAACAAAAUGUACCGAUGUUUGUAACUUUAGGUUUAACAUUUAUCAUACUGUGGAUACUCAAUCAGUGUUAUUAUAGAGAUACCAAAAAUUAAAAUUUGGAAAUUCUACUUUAAAAUAUAUGAUUAAUAUUAUGUAAAUGUCUAUUUGAAUAAAUCAAAUAAUACAAUAUAUGUGA